AUGGCGGACGGCGCGACACAACUCGAGGCGCAGCGACUGACGGCAUGCGUAGAGGAUGCGGUGGACAAGCUUUCACUCUUGGCCAUGCUCGAGACGGAUGGCUCGCAUGCGGAGCUGAUACAGAUGAGAAGUGACGAAGCGGGACGGCUCCUCGAUCAACACAAUGCUCUCAUGCGCAUGUACCAGAACGGAAUAGAUAUGAGGAAGCAACUGGCAGGGGGCUCGAGAAUACAGUACAACGCCAACGAAGAAAAAAUCAGCAACAUCGCCUCUUCUCUGAGACAGGCUACCAAGACGCUCACAAGGAAUUUGCAAGAGAAUGUGCUUUAUUUCCUGCCUCUGUACAUUCUCAUUGCGUUGCCUUACAACAGGUUGAUCUGGAAGGAAAUCUAUCGAAGAUCAGGAGGACGUGUUGGCAAGUUCGACACGGUGAGGAUCAAGGUGGAGAAGGAGGGCGAGUGGAGGACGCACAUCAUGAACACCAUCGCUCGCGAGAAGGAACUGAGCGAGAAGACGUCAGAGCUGCGCGAUAGCCUGGCACAAGAAAGGAUGGAGAUGACCCGCAUUAUCACCAUGAAAGACGAGAAGAUCGCAGACUUGAAGGUAGGGCACCAGGAGGAGCUUGUGAACCAGCGCCAUGACGUCACAAUGAUGAUCUCGUACAUCAACAAAGACGCCAACGCGCUGAAAGAGUGCGAGAAGCGCAUCUGGUCGAGGGAGGUCUCCUCCUUGAAGGGGAGGAUCGAGCGAUGCCAGAGGGAGAUAGAUGUGGAGAACAAGGCUCACGCGAACCAGGAGAGCUUCCUCCGGCAGAAGAUCGAGGAGAACACUCGGCGGGAGGAGGAGGUCGACAGGAUCUACGACAAGGACACCUCUGAGCUCCAGAACAAGCUCGAGAUCAUGAGGACAGAGAGAGAUGAGGUCCUGCUCAGGCUCAAGGAGCUCGAGGAGGCGUAUGACCGUGACGUGGCGGAAAGAGCUCUCAAGUCCGAGGCCCAGAGGAAGCAGAGGGAGGAGGAGGCGGCGAGGGCGGCGGGCGAGCAGCGAUCGCUGGAGGCCUCGAUCCUCCUGCAGUGCAACUACCGCAUGCACGUCGCUCGGGUGACCCUGUCGGACAUCCGCAACCCCAAGAAGGGGAAGAAGGGAGGGAAGAAGAAGAAGUGA